UCUAAGUAUCGGCUUCGGGAAAACAACAUCUGAACAGCCCGAGCCUCGAGAUAAAACAUCAAAUACUACACGUCUUCGCCAACUUUUACCAUUGGUGGAGUAUUGCCUGUAACACCUGACCGUUAAAACACAAAAAUGCCUCAGAACGAGCACAUUGAGUUACACCGCAAGCGGCAUGGGUACCGCCUGGAUCACCAUGAGAGGAAAAGAAAGAAGGAGAGUCGUGAGGCCCAUGAGAGGUCCCACAAAGCCAGAAAGAUGAUUGGUUUGAAGGCCAAAUUGUACCACAAACAGAGACAUGCUGAGAAGAUCCAGAUGAAGAAGACCAUCAAAAUGCAUGAACAGAGGAAGACCAAGCAGAAGAAUGACGAUAAGACCCCAGAGGGAGCAGUGCCAGCGUACCUGUUGGACAGAGAAGGACAGUCUCGUGCCAAGGUCCUCUCCAACAUGAUCAAACAGAAAAGGAAAGAAAAAGCCGGCAAAUGGGAAGUGCCUUUGCCAAAAGUCCGUGCCCAGGGGGAGACAGAAGUGCUCAAAGUCAUCAAAACUGGAAAGAGACAGAAGAAGGCUUGGAAAAGAAUGGUCACAAAAGUUUGCUUUGUUGGCGAUGGAUUCACCCGCAAACCGCCAAAGUACGAGCGUUUCAUCAGACCCAUGGGUUUGCGAUUUAAGAAGGCUCAUGUCACGCAUCCAGAACUGAAAGCCACAUUCUGCCUCCCCAUCCUCGGAGUAAAGAAGAACCCUUCUUCACCCCUCUACACCUCUCUGGGAGUCAUCACAAAAGGAACAGUCGUAGAGGUCAACGUCAGUGAGCUCGGCUUAGUUACACAAGGAGGAAAAGUCGUCUGGGGUAAAUAUGCCCAGGUGACGAAUAACCCAGAGAAUGAUGGCUGCAUUAAUGCUGUUCUACUAGUAUAAGACUGUUGAUCUUCAAAAAAGACUGUGACUGAUUACUGCCAACAUACAUGAGAAGUGCUGAAUACAACAAGGAGCAGAGAAGAUGCAUAAAGCGAUGGACUUCGGAUCACGGAAUCGUCGGGAAGAUUUCUGUUAUUGUACUUUGCGGCUUACAGGUGUUGUACCAGAAGAACGCAAAAAGAAACGGGCUGAUAACUGUGUAAACUUUGAUAUGAAUAAACUUGACAUCACA